AUGACGCACUUUGUGGGCAGCGAGGGCAGCACCCAGGGCCCUGUGUCGGUGGUGGGCGACGACCUGCCGGACAUGGGCGGCAUGGAGUGGGACGACGUGGACGCCUUCCUGGACGACUACUUGAAAGAGCUGGGCCCCGAGGCGCAGGGCCAGGAUGCCUUUGGCAACUUUGGCAUCGACUUUGCGCCCAGCACGGCGGUGCAGCCAGAGGUGCUGGGGGCGUGGGGCCCCUCCGCCCCCACCCCCUCCGCCCUGCCCGCCGACUCCACGCAGCAGCAGGGCGCCACCAUGCUGACCAGCCAGCUGCGCGCGCAGGCGCUGGGCAGCCAGCAGGGGCCCGCGGCGGCGCCGCAGCGCGCGGCCAGCGAGGCGGUGCAGCAGCCGGCGCGCGCCACGCGCGCGCGCCGGGCCGCCGCCGCGGCCUCUGCCGGCGCGGCGGCGGCGCAGGCCACGUCUGCCGGCACCUCGCGCGGCGGCUCUGGCGGCAGCCGCGGCGGCAAGGAGACCAAGAAGGAGCUGGAUAUGAAGAAGCACCUGGCACUCCAGGAGAAGAACAGGCGCGCGCAGCGGCGAUUCCGGGAGCGCCAGAAGCAGCGCGUGGCUGAGCUGGAGGAGCAGGUGGCGGCGCUGCAGGCGCAGCUGCAGGCCGCGGCGGCAGGCGAGGGCGGCGCCGCCGCGGUGGUGGCGCCGCUGCCAGCGCCCGCCGCCGUGCGGCACGUGGCUUCCGAGGGGGACGACAUGAUGCUGCAUGAUGCCGUGCCCAAGCUGGAGCCCAACGCAUCGCCGCGGGCCGUGGUGGGCGCCCAUCUUCCGGCCAGCGACGACGACCCGCCGCUGGCGGCGGCGUUUAAGGAGGCGCUGACGCUGACGGUGCGGCAGGGGCACCCGGUGCACCUGACGGCGCGCCAGCUGGCAGACAUGACCCCCGCGGAGCUGGCCAGGCACUACAAGGCGUACGUGAAUGAGCUGGCGGGGAUCCUGGUGGAGAGCGACAACCCCGGGGCCGCGCCCACGCAGGCACGCGCGGAGCCGCCUGGCUGCCUGGCUGCCCGCCUGGCUGCGUGGCCCGACCGCGUGCGGCGGCUGGUGGAGGAGGUGUGCCUGCUGUCCACGCGCACCGCCGUGUGCAACCCGCCCGGCAGCAAGCACUUUGCGCUGACAAAGGUCGACGACGUGUCCAACCAGCCCGCCGACGCGCGCGUGCCUCAGAUUGCGCGCGCGCUGGACAUCACCCAGCAGCAGCGCCGCCAGCUCAGCCAGCUGCGCGGCCUGCUGCUGCAGAAGCUGGCGCGCGUGGCGGCGGAGCGGCAGGACAUCAACCACCAGCUGGCGGGCGCCGUGCCCGGCGGCACCGGCAGCCGCCACCUGGCCUCGCGCUACCUGGUGGCGCACGACUGCCAGCGGCGGCUGCGCGAGAGCCUGCGCGAGGAGCACGCCCUGGUGCUGGACUUUGCCUCCACCAUCCACAAGCACGCCAGCGGCGGCAGCGGCAGCGGCGCCACGCUGGCUGGCGCGCACGGCAGCGGUGGGCCGGCCACCAGCGUGGGCAUGCCCAUGGCGGCGGGCGGGGCGGCAGGCCCCAUGUUCCAGCCCGCGGCGUUUGGAGGCAUGCAGGCGCCGCCGAUGUUUGGGCAGCGGGGGAUGGCGGGGCCGUUUGGCCAGGCGGCGCCCCUCCUGCACGCCCCCGGCGGCGGCUCAGAUGCCAUGAACAACCAGGUCGGCCACACCGGGCACAGCGGCAUGCACCUGCAGCUGCUGACCACCGGCGGCUCUGGCUGCCUGGCCGGCCCGCCGGGCAUGUCGCACCUGUCUGCCGCCGGCAGCGGCAGGGCUGGCUUCAUGUGUGAGCUGGCUGGCAGCGGGCAGGCGGUGCCCAUCUCACCAAACAUGGCGGCCCUGAGCACCGCCAACGACGCGUGA